AGAAGGCGAUGGGGAAUCGUCCCAGUGAGAUGAUGGACAGAGAGAAGGCCUACAUCCCCGAACUCCAGAUCAGCUUCAUGGAACACAUAGCCAUGCCCAUAUACAAGCUGCUGCAGGAGCUGUUUCCUGGAGGGGCGGAGCUUUAUGAGCGGGUUUCGGCCAAUCGUGAGCAGUGGACAAAGGUCUCCCACAAGUUCACGCUGAGGGGGUUGCCUAGCAACAAUUCCCUGGACUUCCUGGAUGAGGAGUACGACCUGAUGCAAUCCCAGGGUGCAUUUGGGGACGACCCGCCCCCGCUCAACGGUUGCCUGGACGACGCAGCGGCCACAGAGCACCAGGGGAAGUGACAUCACUGGGUCAGGUUGUCAACAGGAAGUGUUUCCUAGGAGACGACCCGGAGUCUUGCUGCCAUAGAGACAUGUGAAACUAUUGGAUGCAGUAACAAUGAACCUGAUGAUGUCAAAAUUUUAACACACGCGCACACACAC